AUGCCUUGGUUGCCUUGAGGAAUGAAGAGCGAAAGUCGCAAGAGGCUGAGGCGAGAGAAAACGAAUUGCAGGAUAAAUUAUCGGCCUUCGAGAAAAACAACAAGCUAGGAUUAGUGGAGGCCGACGGCAAACUGAAACAUGCCAGCAAAGAAAUUGGAAGACUUCAAGACAACGUCAAGAAAUUGAAAGCACAGCUUGAGGUAUGGAAUUGCAUUUAUAAAAUAACAUGUAUAUAACACGUGCUCUGAUUGGUCGAAACCCGUGUUUGAAUCAGGCCAUCCAAACACGGAAAUUUAAAGUGAAAGUUUUUUAAAGUGAAAUUUUAACACGGAAAGUUGUUAUUUUAUAAAACAGUUACUUUGUGGUUUCCGUGUUUGGAUGGCCAUAAUUGUUUCGCCUGCAAUUUCAUUUCAUUUUAUCGUAUUAAAUUCGUAUUUAAUUCAGGAAAUAGUUUUAAUUCUUUUAAAAACUAUAUUUCAAGGAACUGAAAGAUUUUUUUAGGAUUUUAUAAAAGCUAUACACCUGUAUACACAUGCGAAGCAAUAUCGCGAUAGUCAUCGAGCAUGACGAUAAUUUCGAUAUAUCGUCGCUCAAGUUUCUACCUUCGAUACGAUAAUCGCGAUUGAAAAUAUCGCGAUAAAUCAAAAUAUCGAAAUAUCGCCCAACCCUAAUGUUUACCAUGCAAUUUAUUACAAAUUUCAUCAUUAAAACUGUGUUUUGAGAAGCUGAGAUUUUUUAUCAAAAUGUGUUCUCACAUUGCAGGAAAUGCUAUUUCAGAGAUCCAAAUUUUAAAAAUUUUCUGGGGGAAUUAUAACAAACAUACUUGUAAGGAGGUGAGUCCGGGAUUGGACGCACCGAGGGUGGCUGGAGGGUGGCAUGGUCUACUCUCCAGACCCCGUUGAAGAUAUAAGAAACCAUUAAAUAAAUAAUGCUUAUAAGUAAGUCACAAACGAGAGAUCCCAGACGCAUGCAGAGGUCCUAAUUCCUAUCCUUAAAUUCAAUUAAAUCCGGAAUAAAUCACGUAAAAUUAAACAAAAGUUAGAGAGUAACGAAAUACUUCGCCACAAAAUGAAAAUAACGAAGUAAAACGUUACUUCUUGAAACGACUUCGUUCCAAGUAAAAGUACUCCAGAAAAAGUUUACUUUGUUACAUGCUGACUUCUCAAAAAUACUACUCAAGUACAGUAACGAAGUACAUUUACUUCGUUACUUGACACCACUGCAAAUAUAUUAUAAAUGUAAUUGUAAACCAUUGUAAUAUCUCAUUGUAAAUUACUCUUUGAAGGCCGCAGACUGGUACCGAAAGCUCGUUAAAUCAAUAAACAUUUUAAACCAGAAAGCGUCUAAAAACUUGAUAUUUUUUCCCAGUGAAUGUAUUCAAUUUCUCUCAUUCAGAAUGAACGUGAGGCUGAACGGUCACGUGUUGAAAAAGACCAAGAGCGUAUUGCGAAAGCUUUAGAAGCCGCAAGGGGGAUUGGUGACAAGGAAGAAGAAAUAAAAGAACUCGCUUUACAAGUCAGUGCUUUAAAGGUAUGUUACAACGAGGUUUUACGCAAUAAUUAUUCCAACAAUAAUUCCCAUCCCCAUAAUUUUUAACGAAGUAAAAUCUUUUGGUGUUCCGUGUUCCGGAGUCAUGCUGUUUCGGUGUUCCAGUGUUCCUAGCCGGGCUUCUCCGGAUAACAUUAUAACAUUUAACGAAUGUUUGUGCCAUUUGUGCUUGCCGAAAUUGAUGUAGAAUAUCCUUCUCAUGCUUGAGCAUUUAUAAGAAAAUUUACAAAAGAGAAGAAACGUCGACCAACCCUAUACCUAGGUUUUUGCAGCAAGAAAUAGGAAGCCCAGUUCAUUUUUGUACACUUAAUUUUCCGUAAAUAUAGGCAACAAAUGAAGCUUUGAAAGACCGUUUAGACGAAGCAGACCACGAGUUGAAGAGAAGAACCAGAGACGCGGAAGACAAAGAUAAACUACUUCAAAGAUUGAAGGACUUAUUGAAUGAUCUGGAGCAAGGAAAUGUUGAUGUCAGGCAGCCUGUUGAUGAGACUGAUGGCGUUGGAGAAUGUCUGGCUGGGUUGCAUCAGAAAUAUCUGGAUUUGUUGAAUGAUCUGGAGAAUGAGAGAGAGAAAGGAAAACGUCAACAAAAGCAGGUAUGGCGGACAAGUAUACCGAAAUCCAAGGUCUGUAAUUCCGCGGACAGAACGUUGCACUAUCAGGAAUCCCAUGGGCCGCAAGUUUCGUUUCCUGCGGAGGGCCUAAAGUUGCAUUGUUGCUGUUGCUGUUGCUGGUGCUGGGGAUGCUGGUGCUGUUGUUGUUGUUGUUGCUGUUGCUGUUGUUGUUGUUGUUGUUGUUGUUGUUGUUGUUGCUGGUGGUGCUGUUGGUGCUGUUUAUGUUGUUGUUGUUGUCGUUGUUGCUGUUGCUGUUGCUGUUGCUGCUGUUGUUGUUGUUGUUGUUGUUGUUGGUGUUGUGCGAAGCAUUAUGUUUGGAUAUUUUGUUCUUUUUAAAGGCAAAGGCUGCAGUAGAUGGAUUAAGAGCGGAGCUUUCUCGCGCAGAAAGUCAGUUGAAGGCAGCAGAAGACGCUUUAUCGCAGGUAUAAAGGGACAAACAUAAAAUCUCAGUAAAGACCAAACGUAAACACUGGGAAAAAUAGUGAAAUUCAUACUAUGGAAUUUGCAAUUGAAUCACUAUAUCCAUAGUAUUUCCGUACUAUAUCCGUAGUAUGGAAAUUGCAAUUACUGUAAAAUUGCAUUUCUCUACUAUUUCCUACUAAGAUCCAUACUAUUUCGGUAGUAAGGAUUUUGAAAAAAAUUUCCAUUUAAAAUUUUUUUUGCACUCCCUCUGAAAAUUUUGAAAAUCAGGUGCCCCAUGGGCUUCAGUAACACGUGCGUGCUCAUCUAUGCUGUUUAAGCAUUAUCUCCAUUGCUUUUCCGUCUAUAUGUGCUUCUUGUGUUUAAGAAUUCUUGUAUUCACAUACAAUUUUCAAUUGAAAAUACACAGUAGGUCGUUAGAACAGUGAACAUUUGCGGCUGUGUUGAUUUUUUUUGUCUCGUUUCCAGUCACUGUUCCCUUUUUGUUGAUUGUACUGCAGUAAUGCAGUAAUUGCACUGCCCUUAGCCAAUCAGGGUUGAGCAAGUUUUUAUUUUUACUAUUAGUUUCAUUAUAGUCCAACUGUUUAUUUCCAUUAAAUCAUUAAAUAAAUAAUGCUUAUACUAUCAUUAAAUAAAUAAUGCUCAUUAAAUCAUUAAAUAAAUAAUGCUUAUACUAUCAUUAAAUAAAUAAUGCUCAUUAAAUCAUUAAAUAAAUAAUCCGUUUCCUUCAGCUAAGUGAAGACGCAGCCAGAAAAGAGAAUGAACUCAAUGAAUUGGAAGAUGAGAUUGAGAGAUUACGUAAUCGAUUACAACAACCUUCAGAAAAAUAUCAAGACGAG